UAUUCUACGAGUCUUACGGUCUUAUAGCUAUUUUUUGAUGGCAAGUGUUCUUUUCCGUGAGACCUUGUACCUACCUCACUUCUAUCCCGAGUACAACCCUGGCCAACCGAUCAACGUCAGCAAUUCCCGUUCAAGUCUCAAUAAGGUUAUAUAAUUAUGUCAGCAACAAGCGACGACGUCUACUAGUGCGAUGAAAGUUGUACGUGAGACACAAUAGAGCUACUCAAGGUGAGGCCAUGACUAGACGCAAAUCAUGUAACGGUGCAUGACCCCUCGGUCAGGUGAGACGGCUCAUAGGGCCCUUACCUAGGGUAUCAAAUAUAGCAUGCACAAUACCAUAUAUAAAUAGAUUUCAUACUCCCCUGGAUUAAGGGUUCUUAUCCAUAUCAUGUUAAAACUAACGCAACAUACCUCUCAUGGUUCGAGACUAAGAAAUAAUACUUUUUCGACAUAAGUCUCUUAAUAAUGUCAGACAUCAAAGACGUUCACUCUCCUCUCCUCAGCCCCGGCUCGAGGACUUCCGUUCCUCAGCUAAGCCCACCCUUAUUGCCUAGGUCACAUAAAGCCCCCGCCGCACCCCAUAAACCAAGCAUAUCGAACCCGACACCGGUCGACCCCGCGCCCAUCAAGACCAUCACGAACCUGUCCUGGGGGGCCCCGGCGGGCCUCGCCAUACGCGGGCCCAACGACGAGAACCUGGUCAUCUUCCGGAAGGCGCUGGGGAUCAACUACGCGCGGGAGAGCACGGAGAGCGGGACCCUGGAGGAAGGGCGGAAGACGGCGGUGGGCAUCUACAAGACGGUGAUCGAGACGCAGCGGGCCAAGGCCGUGCAGAACGCGCUGCUCACGGCGUUCCUGUACCUGUGCUACUUCGCGCAGAUCGUGAUCGGGGCGGCGCUCACGGCCAUGGGCCCGAACUCGGGGCGGUACGAGACGGUCGUGACGGUGUGCGGGGCGGUCAACACGGUGCUGGCGGGCAUCCUGGCGCUGAUCAAGGGGUCCGGGCAGCCGCAGCGGCUGGAGAAGGACCGGGUCGGGUUCCGGCGGCUGCAGGACUGGAUCGAGGAGACGGAGGCGCUGCUCGCCGUCGGCGUCAUCGGCAGGAACAGGAAGGAGGUUGGGCUGCUGGUCGAGAGCGCGUUCAAGCGGUACAACGCCGCGAAGACGAGCGUCGAGAAUAACAGCCCCGAUUUCUACGUUAAUCAGCCGGAUUCCGGCGACGACUACGCCCCGGAUAUGGCUGGGAAACCGCUCAGGCAGAAUGGGUUCUGAACUGUUAGGUAGCGCUGAGUACUUGGUAUAUGGGAUUGAGGAUGUAGGUACCUAAGAUACUAGGUGCGCGGAUAGACACGGAGGAUGGUUCCUGGGUUGGCUGUAGAAAGUAAUGUA